GUGCAACACACACACACACUGUACACACACAGGGGCUGGCAGCUAGCAGCAUCGAUCGUGGCUCCUUUAAGACAAGCUCAGCCAGAAAUAUCACCCCACCUCCUCUUGAUCUCAUUUAGAGGCUAUUGCAUACAAAAAUCUGCUCAGGAGUUGAGACUGAUCAAAGAGAGAGCUUGAUUUUUGUAUGCAUUUGAGUAUUAACAUUUAAGGUGUUCCGACCAGUGGAAGCGCACGGCAGAUCAUCAUUCAUUCACUACCUUGACAACCUCGCCUUUGAUUGACAGCUGGAGUGGCAACAAGCCAUGAGACUUGCUAGUUUUGUUUGAGGCAAUUUUUUUUUUUUUUUUUUUUUUUUUUUUUUUUUUUUUAAUUUUUUUUUUUUUAAAUUGAUUUGGGGAAGAAGAUUUGUUUUCUCAAUUUUGCUGUCCUGGGGGAAAAAAAAAAAAAAAAAAAAAAGGAGCUAUUUUAUUAUACUCAACUUCACCAUUAGCUGAAGUUGAGCUGAAGUGAAGAUCUGGUUUGGUCGUCCACUUGAAAAGGAACAUACGGGAUUUGUAAUCUAGUAUUUGGAGUUUGUGGGUUUAUUUUCCAUCACACUGGCCUCCUAGGAGAUAUAUUAUAAGUUGAAGAAGGAUAGAGGCAGGCCAAUGGCGCAAAGGUACGACGAUUUACCCCACUAUGGUGGGAUGGAUGGAGUAGGGAUCCCAACCACCAUGUAUGGGGACCCUCAUGCGGCCAGAUCUAUGCAGCCUGUCCACCAUCUGAAUCAUGGUCCUCCGCUGCACUCGCACCAGUACCCGCACACAGCUCACACCAACGCAAUGGCCCCCAGCAUGGGUUCUUCUGUCAACGAUGCCUUAAAAAGAGAUAAAGAUGCCAUUUACGGGCACCCACUCUUCCCUCUUUUAGCACUGAUUUUUGAGAAAUGUGAAUUAGCGACUUGCACGCCCAGGGAACCCGGGGUAGCAGGCGGCGAUGUUUGUUCCUCAGAGUCCUUCAAUGAGGAUAUAGCAGUAUUCGCUAAACAGAUACGGGCUGAAAAACCUUUAUUUUCAUCAAACCCAGAACUGGAUAACUUGAUGAUACAAGCCAUCCAAGUAUUAAGGUUUCAUUUAUUGGAGCUAGAGAAGGUGCACGAACUGUGUGACAAUUUCUGUCAUCGGUAUAUUAGCUGCUUAAAAGGAAAAAUGCCCAUUGACUUGGUUAUAGAUGACAGAGAAGGCGGAUCUAAAUCAGAUAGUGAAGAAAUCACAAGAUCAUCGGGAAAUCAUGAUCAGACUUCAUGGAACAGAGAUCAUGAUGACACAGCAUCAACGCGCUCAGGUGGGACGCCGGGACCCUCCAGUGGGGGACACACAUCACACAGCGGGGACAACAGCAGCGAACAAGGUGAUGGUUUGGACAACAGUGUUGCUUCACCCAGCACAGGAGAUGAUGAUGACCCCGACAAGGAGAAAAAGCGCAAUAAAAAACGAGGAAUCUUUCCCAAAGUAGCAACAAAUAUCAUGAGGGCCUGGCUAUUCCAGCACCUCACACACCCUUACCCCUCAGAAGAACAGAAAAAGCAGCUGGCACAAGACACAGGUCUCACUAUACUACAAGUGAACAACUGGUUCAUUAAUGCAAGAAGAAGAAUAGUUCAACCCAUGAUAGACCAGUCCAAUCGAGCAGUAAGUCAAGGAGCACCCUACAAUCCAGACGGACAGCCGAUGGGAGGUUUUGUCAUGGAUGGCCAGCAGCACAUGGGAAUUAGACCACCUGGGCUACAAGGCAUGCCAGGUGACUAUGUGUCUCACACUGGUCCGAUGGGUAUGAAUAUGGGACAGCCAAGCUAUAACCCUCCCCAGAUGCCCCCACAUUCUGCUCAGCUGCGCCACGGACCUCCCAUGCAUUCCUACAUUCCUGGACACCCCCAUCACCCAGCAAUGAUGAUGCAUGGUGGACCACCCCACCCUGGAAUGCCAAUGUCAGCAUCUAGCCCCACAAUGCUUAACCCAGGGGACCCAACUAUGGGUGGACAAGUCAUGGACAUUCAUGCCCAGUAGCUUAAAGGAUUUUUUUUUUGGGAAAAACAAAAAGUGUUUGCAGCAAAAACAUCUUUCGUAUAUACAGUCACUUAAUACAGUGACUAAGGAGCUCCGUUCUUGGCAUCAACUUUGGACCAAGGAGAAGCCUGUGUUUUUAUUUACCAGGACCCUACAAACAGGAAACACCCUAGAAAACAAAUAAAAGCAAAUAAUAUGAAUGACUCCUGGGGGACAUGUUGAGUACUGUUGUACAAUUUACAUUGGACUUUUUAGCGAGCCAAGAAUUAAUUAUUGUAAAUGCUAUCGUACUGUUCUGCAUAUAAUGUUGUUUCUUAUAGAAUUUUUUUUAAAUGAUGUGAACUUUUUUCCACACUAUGUGUGUGUGUGUGUGUGUCAUUUCCAUAGACCAUAACCUCCUUCCGA